CGAAGAAAAAUCAAAAUGGCGUUUGAUGAAGAUGACGGAGAAUACGUUAUUGUGGUUAUUAUAGUACGUUGUUCUUAAUCAGUACGUGCAUGUACACAUAUAUGUUGUCUAAUAGAGUAAACAUAGUUGACAUAAAUCUGUAUUCGGGUGCAUUAGUCCGAGCGCACUUUAAAGCUCAUUGUGCUAGCUUAGCGUGCUAGUUAGCUUAGCGUGUUAGCCGCUAACAAAGAGAGGCGGAAGUGAUGAAAACACAUCGCUAAGCAGAGAUCAAGUGUGAGUGUAAAGUGUUGUGAUUGUGUGAAAAUGUGCGAAAGAACGAUAGCAAAGUACGAGGAGGAACUUUGUCCAACAAAAGAGGAGAAGGAGCGACAACGUCAACUACUGGACGCUGUUUUCAAGAAACAUCAAGAUGUGUUACACAGAACAGACGUCCAGUGGCGUCCGCACCUUGAAGAGGAUGAUCCGCAUCCCCCUCAUGUAAAAGAGGAAGUGGAGGAGCCACACCCCCCACACAUUAAAGAAGAAGAGAAGAGAGAUUGUCUUCUAGGGCAGGAGGAGGCUGAUCUCACCAAGUUUCCACUGACUGUUGUCUCUGUGAAGACUGAAGACCAUGAAGACAAACCACCUGAGUCCUCACAGCUUCAGCACAGUCCAAACGUCCGACAGCUGAUUGGACUUCCUCAUCCGCUGGGGGCCAGCUCCGUUUUGAAGCAGGAGGAGCCACGGCCCCCUCGCAUUAAAGAGGAAGAGGAGGAAGUGUGGAUCACUCGGGUGGGAGAGUGUCCUGUAGGGCAGGAGGAGGCGGAUCUCACCAAGUUUCCACUGACUGUUGUCUCUGUGAAGACUGAAGAGCAUGAAGACAAACCACCUGAGUCCUCACAGCUUCAGCACAGUCCAAACGUCCAACAGGCAGAAGAACGUCCCCCUCACUCGCUGGAGGAGACCUCCUCUUUAAAGCAAGAUGAACCACAACCACAACAUAAAGAGGAAGAGGAGGAACUCUGGACCUCUGAGGAGGGAGAGUGUCUUCUCGGGCAGGAGGAGGCUGAUCUCACCAAGUUUCCACUGACUGUCGUCUCUGUGAAGACUGAAGACCAUGAAGACAAACCACCUGAGUCCUCACACCUUCAUCACAGUCCAAACGUCUGUGAAAAGCAUCUUCUCUCUGAGCAACAGGACUGGAGCUUCGGAAUGGAGCGAGAGGAGCCACAUUCCCCCCAAAUUAAAGUGGAAGAUGAGACGCCACAGAUCCCGCACUUUAAAAAGGAAGAGGACGACCCAUUGAUCCCCCAUUUUAAAGAGGAAGACGGACCUCCAGAGCCUCUUCACAUUAAAGAGAAUGAGGAACACAACAUCAGCCAGGAGGGAGAGCAUCUUGAAUGGUUGGAGGAGUUCCCAGUGACUGGUGUCAUUGUGAAGAGUGAAGAUGAUGAGGUCAAAAGUGAGAGUGAGGAGAAGAGAGAGGCGGAGCCUCCAAGCAGCAGCUCAACUCAACACAUGACAACAGAAGCUGAUGGAGACCACUGUGGAGGAUCACAAGCAGACAAGCUCUUAGCUCCACUAUCAGAUAGUGACAUUGACGCUAAUGAUGAAGACUCUAAAGAGGAUAAGACAUGUCACACUGACAACACACGCUUCAAAUGUUCUUACUGUGACAAAGCUUUUAAACACCGUUGGAGUCUGAAAAUACACACAAGGAUACACACCGGAGAAAAACCUUUUUCCUGUUCAGUUUGCGGUAAAGGUUUUGCACAAAGGCCAUAUUUGAAAGUACACAUGAGUACCCACACCGGAGAAAAACCUUUUAUCUGCUCAGAAUGCGGCAAAGGUUUCGCAACUAAAAGUGCGCUGAAAGGACACAUGAGAACACACACUGGGGAAAAACGUUUUUUUUGCUCAUUCUGUGCAAAGGGUUUUGCACAUAAAAGUGUGCUGGACGAACAUAUAAGAGUACACACUGGAGAAAAACCGUGUUCCUGUUCAAUCUGCGGUAAAUGUUUUGUACACCGUAACUCUUUAAAAGUACACAUUAGAACGCACACGGGAGAAAAACCUUUUACAUGCUCAAUCUGUGGUAAAGGUUUUGUCGAAAGUACCAACUUGAAAGUACACAUAAGAACACACACCGGAGAAAGACCCUUUUCCUGUUCAAUCUGUGGCAAGGAUUUUACUCAAAGGAACCAUUUGAAAGCACACAUGCGAACACACUGGUGAACGACCAUAUUAAUGUACAAGCUGCAACAAAAGUUUUUGGCACCUAGCCGAAUUUGUAAAACACACAUGAGAAGACACACAGGAGAGAAAGUGUUGAGUUGCAGUGUGUGUGGUGAAAGAUUCUCUUCUAAGUACCAGUGUAAGAAACACAAGUGUGCUGGUGAGAACAGCAGCAGCAAAUGAACAUGCAGUAACUUUGACUUGGGUCUCUAUAAUCCAUUCUAUUAAUUAUCUUUAUUACUCUCUUCUGUAAUAUGAAUAUUGUUUUUUGAUUGUUUUAUAUGUAUGUCCCCAGACCUUUAUGCAAUAAGCAAUGUGUUAUGAUCCGCUGCCCGGAUCAUAGUCUGUUUAAAUUUUUCGAGUCACUUGUGUUUUCUGUUAGUUUUGGACUCCUUGAGUUCCUGUUUAUGCACCUCUGAGUUUGUUACCAUGGCUACUGACAAAGAUAGAUAUCUUCAUAUAUCCAUAUUUAAGAGUUAUUUCUUUCUAAUAACUAGUGUUUUCUCUUUGUGCUCUUUCUGUUUUUUCUCCAUCUCAUGACCGAGGGUACAUUGUGGACUACCUUGAGCUCGAAAUGCAGGGAGUAGCAAUACUCCCUUUUAUUUGUUACCUCAUCCUGCCUCUAGCUAAGGAGAAGAAUAGACAUGUGUAUUCGUUCUGGAGAGUGGGGGUGAGGGACAUAUUGAAGAACACAGCACUUGGGUAAUGUUUUUCAGAUCAACUUGGCUACGCAAUUGAAUGUGUUGUCCUAGGCUGGUCUCUAUCUUCAAAGCUUUGAAAAUAAAUUACAAAAUACCUA